AUGGUACAUUGGUUCUGGCAGCGGCUCCGCCAAAACGUUCUCAAUUUCUAUCGAUUCUCGGCGAGUCUCAACUCGAGCACACUCGGAUCCGCCAAUAUCCCCUUGUUCUCCUUCAACUUGUCGGUGGCGCAUUUCAGAUUCGCCCCCAACGUCUCCAGCCGCUCUCCGAAUCCCAUCAUGUUGUCAAUCGCGUGUCCACGAGCUCGCACCGGCUUUCAAACUUCCUCGUAUCACUGUACAAGUUCUCCAGCUACCGAUGAAAACAACGGCGACUGA